AUGAUUGAGACAUUUAUUUAUUGGAAUUUUCGAGGGAGCCGGGGGAACGGCAACAUUUUAAGGAUAUCACUUCCUUGUAGUUAUAACACAAUAAAAAAGAAAAUAAUGGAAUUGACAAAUAUACAUAUUGAAAAUAAUUUGGAUAUCCUAUUAUAUCACAAUAAUAAAAUAUUAAGCGAAUAUGAAAGUAUACAUCAUGAGAUGUUAAUAGAAAUUCAAAGAAGUAGUAUAGAUAUGGUGAGAGAAUUGUUACAAAAGAGCAAUGAAAUAUAUUUAGAAAAAAAUAAAAGUAAAAUUGAUUUAAAUAAGAAUAAUUUUAUAAUAUCAAGAACAAAUGAACAAAAAAUAAAUAAUCGUAUGAAUGAUCAUAAAUAUAAUGAUUAUAAUAAUAAAAUAUCUAAACAUAAUAAUAAUAAUAAUAGAACAAUAGGUUUUUUACAUAACAAUAAUAAUAAGCCUUGGAAUGUAUAUAAUAGAAAUAAUAUUAUAAAAGAUGAAGAAAAAAAUAAAAUCAAUAAUAUUAAUAGUAAUAAUAUUAAUCAUAAUAAUAAUGAAAAAAAUAUCAUGAUAAAUGAAGAAGAAGAUGAAGAAAUGAAAAUACAAUUAGCAAUGGAGAAAAAUAAUGUAUAUAAAUCAAAUUAUAAUAAUAAAAUAUCUAAACAUAAUAAUAAUAAUAAUAAUAGAACAACAGGUUUUUUACAUAGCAAUAAUAAUAAGCCUUGGAAUGUAUAUAAUAGAAAUAAUAUUAUAAAAGAUGAAGAAAAAAAUAAAAUCAAUAAUAUUAAUAGUAAUAAUAUUAAUCAUAAUAAUAAUGAAAAAAAUAUCAUGAUAAAUGAAGAAGAAGAUGAAGAAAUGAAAAUACAAUUAGCAAUGGAGAAAAAUAAUGUAUAUAAAUCAAAUUAUAAUAAUAACAAAAUAAGAUUGAAUUAUUAUAAAAGAGAUAGAAAUAAUCCAUCACCUUAUUUUAUUCAAAAUAAAUUAAAAAAUAUAUCUCCUCAUAAUAUAACAAAAAAUAAUAAAAAUCUAAUACAUAAUAAUAAUACGACUAGCGGUAAAAUAGAUGGAGAGUAUUCAACAACAUAUCAACAAAAAAAUAAUUAUUUAUCAAAUAUGCAUACACAAGGUACAUAUAAUAAAUUUAAAAAUAAUAUAUCCAAUAAUAAUAAUAAUAAUAAUAAUAUUCAUACAAAUAAUAUUGAUGAAGAAGCUAUAAAUAAAAAAGUAUCUCCAGAUUAUAUAUGUCAUAUGUGUGGAAAAAAAGGACAUAGUAUAAAAAACUGUACUAUGAGUGCAUUUAAUAAUAAUAAAAAAAUAAAGGUGCCUACAGGUAUACCUACAAAUUUUCUGACAAAAAUAAAAACGGAAGAUAUAUAUAAAUAUGAUCAAAUAUAUAUAUUAAAAGAUGGUAGCUAUGCAAUAUUAAAAGAUGUAGAAGAUGUUAGUGGAAGUGCUUAUUUGUAUAGAAGUGUAGAUGAUAAAAUUAAUAUAUAUUUAGGUGUUAACAACAAUAAUAAUAAUAAUAGUAACAAUAAUAAUAAUAAUAAUAAUAUUAAUAGUAACAAUAAUAAUAAUAAUAAUAGUAGUAUUGAUAAUUAUAAUAGUAAUGAUAUACAUAAUGAACUUAAUAAUAAUGAUAAAAUUUCAAAUAUUUAUAAAUGCUUAUUAUGUAGAAGAUUAUACACUGAACCUGUAACCCUACAUUGUUGUGGGGAAACCUAUUGUAAAGCAUGUUUAUAUAAAUAUAAUAAAAAAAAAAUAAAAGAUCAUUCAAACAUAUCUUCAUCUUAUCAUAUCAAUAAUAAUCAUACAAAUUCAGAAUAUAAUAAAGGUAUAGCAGGAGGACAAGUAAUUAAAUGUCCUAACUGUUCAAUGUAUAUUAACUCAGAUGAAUUAAUUAUUAAUACAAAUAUUAAGAAUGUCAUAGAUACAAUUAUUAAAAAUCAAAAAAUUGAUCAGGUGAAUGAUGAAAAUAUAAAUAAAACAUCUGUAAAUAAUUCUAUGGAAGCAAAUAAUAAUAUUAAUAUAAUGGAUAUCCACAACAAUAAUAAUAAUACUAUAUCGGUUGUAGAUGAACAUAAUAAUAUUACAGAUAAUUCUACAAAUUAUAGUAAUAAACAUUUUCCAUAUAAUCAUAUUCAAAAUAAUGAUAAUAAAAAUAUAUUUAAUUUAAAUAAUAAGGAUAAUAUAAAAUAUAACGAAUUCUAUCAUGUAGAUUUUAAUCCUUUAAUUACUUUUUCUUUUAAUUUGUAUGAAUUAAAGAAAGAACACGAUUUUGCAGCAGCAUAUAUAGCUCAAUAUAAGCAAAAAAAAAAAAAAAAAAAAAAAAGACACCUCAACAUAAACCUUUCCGUAUUAAACAAAAAAAUAUGCUAA